AUGGCCACGGCGGCUUCUAACCCCUACCUGCCGGGGAACAGCCUGCUCACGGCCGGCUCCAUUGUGCACUCGGACGCGGCUGGGGCGGGCGGCGGCGGAGGGGGCGGCGGCGGCGGCGGCGGCGGGGCGGGGGGCGGCGGCGGUGGCAUGCAGCCGGGAAGCGCCGCCGUGACCUCAGGCGCCUACCGGGGGGACCCGUCCUCGGUCAAGAUGGUCCAGAGCGACUUCAUGCAGGGGGCCAUGGCCGCCAGCAACGGCGGCCAUAUGCUGAGCCACGCGCACCAGUGGGUCACCGCCCUGCCCCACGCUGCCGCUGCUGCCGCCGCUGCUGCCGCCGCCGCCGUGGAAGCCAGCUCACCGUGGUCGGGCAGCGCGGUGGGCAUGGCCGGCAGCCCCCAGCAGCCGCCACAGCCGCCGCCGCCACCGCCGCAGGGCCCCGACGUGAAGGGAGGCGCUGGACGCGAAGACCUGCACGCCGGCACCGCGCUGCACCACCGCGGACCGCCGCACCUUGGACCCCCGCCGCCGCCCCCUCACCAGGGACACCCAGGGGGCUGGGGAGCCGCAGCUGCCGCUGCCGCUGCCGCCGCCGCCGCCGCUGCCGCCGCUCACCUCCCGUCCAUGGCGGGCGGCCAGCAGCCGCCGCCGCAGAGUCUGCUGUACUCGCAGCCCGGAGGCUUCACGGUGAACGGUAUGCUGAGCGCGCCCCCGGGGCCCGGCGGUGGCGGCGGUGGAGCGGGCGGUGGAGCCCAGAGUCUGGUCCACCCCGGGCUAGUGCGCGGGGACACGCCCGAGCUGGCGGAACAUCAUCACCACCAUCACCACCACGCGCACCCGCACCCGCCGCACCCGCACCACGCGCAGGGACCCCCGCAUCACGGAGGUGGCGGCGCGGGGCCAGGACUCAACAGCCACGACCCGCACUCGGACGAGGAUACGCCGACGUCUGACGACCUGGAGCAGUUCGCUAAGCAGUUCAAGCAGCGGCGCAUCAAGCUGGGCUUCACCCAGGCGGACGUGGGGCUGGCUCUGGGCACGCUCUAUGGCAACGUGUUCUCGCAGACCACCAUCUGCCGCUUCGAGGCCCUGCAGCUCAGUUUCAAGAACAUGUGCAAGCUCAAGCCGCUACUGAACAAGUGGCUGGAGGAGGCUGACUCCAGCACCGGCAGCCCCACCAGCAUCGACAAGAUCGCAGCGCAGGGCCGCAAGCGCAAGAAGCGGACCUCCAUCGAGGUUAGCGUCAAAGGCGCGCUGGAGAGCCACUUCCUCAAGUGCCCUAAACCCUCGGCGCAGGAGAUCACCAACUUGGCCGACAGCCUGCAGCUGGAAAAGGAGGUCGUGCGGGUCUGGUUCUGCAACCGACGCCAAAAGGAAAAACGCAUGACGCCCCCUGGCAUCCAGCAGCAGACGCCGGACGACGUCUACUCGCAGGUGGGUACCGUGAGCGCUGACACACCGCCACCGCACCACGGGCUGCAGACCAGCGUGCAGUGAAUGCCAGGGCGCGCAGCGCGAAGAGGGCCGCCGCCGCCA